CGAAACUAAGAUUUCAUCGAAGAUACUUAUAUUUAAUCGCUAAAUAUAUCGGAACUGAACUUAAUCGAUAAUAUUUAUAAACAACCACAAACAAUGGCGGAUAAUUUAAAUUCACAACGCGGAAUUCACGUAGAAAUUCUACAAAAAAAUAAUAGUGUUUUGAAAUCUGAGCAAGUAAUCUCCAUAGCAUCUAAGUGGAUUUCAAGUCACAAACCAUUUGGAAAACAAAAAAUUAUUUCUAAUUUUGACGAUGAUGUAUUGGCUCAAAAUGUUUCUACCAUUACUAUUUGUGAUAAUAAUAGUCAACUUGUGAAUGGAGAAGUGCCUCCUAUCUAUUACGAUGUUUAUUCCUUUAAUUCCACCUCACCAGAGAUCCAGGAAGUGGAAGAAGAAGAUCAACAUAUCACUACGCAGUGGAUUCUGCCUACUCAAGAUUUUAAUGGACUCUGGGAAUCUUUAAUUUAUGAAUCUGAAGUUAAAGAUGGUCUCCUGAAUUAUGUUUCUACAGCUUUGCGAUUUUCAGAAAAGUCAGUCAAUCCUAAUAUCGUUUCAUGGAACAGAAUGAUACUUUUGCAUGGGCCUCCGGGAACGGGUAAAACUUCACUGUGUAAGGCUUUAGCUCAGAAAGUCUCUAUUAGAUUUUCAUCAAAAUUUGCAUAUGGAAUUCUAGUGGAAGUCAAUACUCAUAGUCUCUUCUCCAAAUGGUUUUCCGAGAGUGGAAAAUUGGUUACAAAACUCUUCCACAAUAUAAUCAAUCUAGUUGAAGAUACUUCUGUGCUUGUAAUUGUGCUUUUAGAUGAGGUAGAAACAUUAGCCAGGUCACGUUCCUCUGCCCUCACUGGAAAUGAACCGUCCGAUGCAUUGCGCGUCGUAAAUGCUUUCUUGACUCAUUUAGAUAUGAUUAAGAGGUAUCCAAAUGUUUUAAUUCUCACCACAUCAAAUAUCACUGAUGCCAUUGAUGUUGCAUUAAUAGACCGUGCUGAUAUAAAGCAAUAUAUUGGUUUGCCAAAUGUAGAAGCUAUCUAUCAAAUAUACAGCAGUUGUAUAGAAGAACUAUCAAAGGCUGGGAUAAUUUGCACAUCAGAAAUAGUCAUGCAAAUGGAAAAUCUAUUACGCCAACCAGAUUCCUCAUCAAACGGAAAUUUAGUAUUUGAAAACAGAGACUUAAAAUUAGUGACAAUUUCCAAACAAAGUAUAGGACUCAGUGGGAGAACACUGCGCAAGAUGCCCUUCAUUGCCUGCUCACUCUUUCUUGGAGAAAAUUUAGUCACCUUAGAUGAUUUCUUAGAUGCCUUAUCAAAAGCAGUUGAGAAGCACUGGCACGAUGUUAAACACCUCAAUGCUCAUGUAUAACACAUUACUUCAAAGACUGUUACAUAUUACUAUUUAAGAGAACACUAUACCAAGAGAGAAACCUUUUAUAGCAAAUUCUGUUUCUCCCCUUUCUUCAUGUAAUUUAAAGUUUAUGAGAAAAGUGAGUUUAAGUUAACCUACUGCUAACUAUGAAAUUUUAAAUGAUGAAAAAAUUAUCGAAAUGUAAACAAACUAAUGCACUAUUAUCCCCCCUGUGUAAUUUUGCUAUAAUUUGAAUGCAGUUUGAUAUAAAAAAUUCAGUAUUUGAAACUUUAUGGUGUACCUGAACUUAUGUGGAUUAAAGAGAAUUAGUCAUGAAAGGUUUCUUCUGCAGUAUAGCAUCCUCUUAAAAAAAAUCCUAUGACGUUUACUAAUUUUUAUUUAUGAUGUUGAGUCAUAAAUAACUUUCGAUUGUCUACCAUACAUUUGAAAUAUACUUUGAGAGCUUAUUCAAUCUCCAUUCUUAAAAAGGCUUUAUUUUGGUAGUGCAGUUAAUUUAUAUGGAGAUACGUAUAUCAGAAAUAUGAUUGAGUAGUGCCUUUAUUCAGGGUAUGUAAUUCAAAUAAAACAAAUUGACCAGUUUGCAAGAGAGAAUUUAAAGUGGAGCAAUGUAUAUGAACAGAACACUAAGUAAGUUUAAU